ACUUGUCAAAUCUGACAAAUUCAUUGACAAAAUUAAAUUAUCUUGUCAUUAUUAUUUUCAAUCAAAAUCUGUAGUGAUAGAAUGUCCUUUUCAUAAUAAAAUGUUCCUCAUUAUAUGUUUCGAUGGCGGGCCAUAAGAAGAUCACCAAAAAACUAUCGGAAAAAGACAAAUUACCACCGGAUCCACCGGAUAUUAACGUAAGACGCGUUUUUCGAGAGCCCGUCGCGCAUUCUCGCGGAAUCAGCCUAGCAGCGAAAGAUUCAGAAUGGAUCGGCAUGCGUACCGAUUUCGCCACAAAUGAUUCAAACACACUCUCGUUAUUUCCGGGCGUUAAAUUUUCGGAUAGCACGGAAAGCACGACGGUCAUUACGAAACUGCUUGUUGGCCAAACGGCCGAUUUCAGCAGCGUACAGAGACCACAAAGACUUUUUAUUAGCAAACAUUUGUCAACGUUGCGAGAACAACCCAGAGAGGAAUUCAACCCAAGUGAGUCGGACGUGUCUUCAGUUCUAAAGACAACUACAGAACGCAACACAUCCGGAUCAGAUGUAGAAUUCUACGAUGAUGACGACGAUGAACCAAAAAGAGCAACACACACCAAGCGACGCAAGAAAAAGUCUGAUGUGAAGGUGAUACCGGGUGAAGCAAGCAGUGUCAGCCUCAUUCCAGCCAUUCGUAGAAAAUCAGGUUCCAGAAUGCGUCAGUCCGACGAGAGCAAAACAAAGCCAGCGCCUCAAUCGUCAAUCAUGAUAAAAACAUCUACAGUAUCCAAUGAUGCCGAUGAUGAAUAUCAGUCACAGAGCGAGGAGAUCAUCGCUAGAAAGCACGAAGACCUUGACUAGGACAUGAAUAUACAUAGAUUCAAACCCAA